AUGGAUCCUUACGCAGAAGUUGAAAGCUCCGAUUACAGCAUAAACCCUAAUAUUGUAGCGUCUGCGUCGUCUAGUUCUCCGCCGGCAGCCACAACUCCCAGCCGGUAUGAGAACCAGAAACGCCGAGACUGGAAUACCUUCUGUCAGUACCUGAAGAAUCACCGGCCACCACUCGCGCUUUCUCGAUGUAGUGGUGCCAACGUGCUCGAGUUUCUCCGGUAUCUUGACCAGUUUGGGAAGACUAAAGUCCACACACCGGUGUGCCCGUUUUACGGGCACCCGAACCCACCUUGCCCUUGCCCUUGUCCUCUUCGUCAGGCGUGGGGAAGCUUGGAUGCGUUGAUAGGCCGUCUCCGGGCAGCCUACGAAGAGAGCGGUGGGCAACCGGAGAUGAACCCUUUUGGUGCUCGAGCUGUUAGACUUUACCUUCGAGAAGUUCGAGAUCUACAAUCGAAAGCAAGAGGAAUCAGCUACGAGAAGAAAAAACGAAAAAGACCUCCACAACAAGAACAUCAACAGUUUCCAAACAACUCAUCAUUUCAAGCUUUUACUCUUCCACCAGGUGAUCACACUUGA